AUGGUCUUUAUAAUAGGCCAUCCACGGCCGUUUCGCUGGUCGGAGGUCAAGCACAUCACCUCGUAUGAAGACAUGAAGAGUACCGCCUAUGGAAGCCUAGUGGAGACUUUCGGACACGUAUUUGAAUGGGACGAGGACUGCGUCCCUGCCGAGCUGUGCCAAAGGUGGAGAGAAACUGGUGAUCCCGUCUGCGACGACGCUCUCCGGGAGGUGUUUGCAUCGCCGUCCGCAAGUGUCGGUCAGGACCUGCUCGACGCGGUGCAGGAUUACGCAGAAGCGACCUCCCGCGAGGAAGCCCCGGCGACGCACGCAUUCUUAGACGAAGUCUUGCACAAUCCUCCUGAGGGUCUGUCGGCAACGGACGACGAGGUCGCCGUCGCCAGGCAGUUCUUCAUAGAUGACUCGGUGCAGAUCAUACAGGCGCUGUUGCACUACAGCCUAGCUGGCGGAUUGGCGAGGUUUGUCCGGUAUCCCUCUGCGCUCCUCUCUAUCCUGAUCGUGGUAUCGUUGCAAAGCCCUCGCAUCGUACGAACACUCGGAGCGGUCUCGUACCUCGUUCCCCACACCAAGAAAACGGGCAGCGAGCUACCCCUUUCGCUUAUGGAGGCAGUUUCGCAGAUCACGAAGGAAUCAACUGAUCGGACGUUCAUGCGCCUCGUCGAGACGAUGCAGUUCAUUCUUGAUGUCAUGGGAUGCACAAAUCCGACGCCUUCCUCGGAUGACUCUUCCGACAACCAUCUGGCCAGUCUACUGCCGGAAGGAGAAGGCUGGAGGUCCUCUGUACGCGUCCGACUGCUCCACGGCAUCGCCCGAUGGCGUGUCAAAGCGCGAUGGGAGAGGGAGGGCCGAACUGACGUACUGGAUAGCGUCCCCUUAAGCCAAGAAGAAGUUGCUGCCACACUUGCUGCUUUCUCGACAAUCCCAAUCUGGUGUCUUCAACGACUACACCUCCCUCCGUCGCCCGACAAAGCUAGCGCCUACCUCGCACUCUGGCGGCACGUCGGGUACUACAUGGGAGUAUCGCCCUCUAUCCUCCUACGCUACUUCACCGCCACUAGCGCCGCGGACAAGUUCACCGCCACAGCCGCGCUCAACCUCUUUUUCGAAGACAUCCCCGAGUUACCUGCCAACGCCCCCUCCCACUCGGCCAUCAAAGGCCCGACGAUCCCCAUCCUCGUCGCCGUCUCGAACCGUCCGCCCCUGCACACUUCCCUUGAAUAUAACAUCGCGCUCACGACGCAUCUCGUCGGGACACGUCUCGCACGACGUCUUGGCCUGCCGCCGACGCGCCUCUCCAUGCGUCUGAAGAUGCACGCGUUCCUCCUUGUCCAACGUAUCCCGCACUACUUCGCAGCGUGGUACCCACGCAAGGCGUGGCUGGAGAAGCGUCGCGCCGUCCUCGCCGAGGGCAUGAUGCGCAGCGUGCGCUGGAAUAUGGGCCUGCGGCGGUCCACCUUCCGCCCGCGCACGGCCGUCCACGACACAGAUGUGUCGGGGGCAGCGGAGCGUGCAGUGGAUAUCUCUGCGGGCGGGGAACUGGCGCCUGGGGUCGUGGAGGCGGAAGCCGUCCAGCGCGACCCGGUGCGCGCGCAGGUGCUGACGCGGCAGUGGAAGGAGGUGCUGUAUGAGAUGGCUGGAGUAAGCAUUGCGGUUGGUGCGUUGGCAUGCGUCGCGCUUUACCUCGGUGCCAAGUGCACGCUGACUGCGGCCUCGAUUUUGCUCUCUAACUGA